AUUUUGAAUUGAACUGAAUUGAUGUGUUUCUGGGUGUUUGUGGUGAGGUCCGUGUGUUUGUCUCUUUAAGUCUCAGUCGUGUGUGGGAAUAUGGCGGAGGAAAGCGAGGCUUCAGCUGCUGGCGGUUCGGCUGAGGUCCGGAUGGUUCUGUUGGGUCACACGGGUUCAGGUCGGAGUUCAUCUGGAAACACGAUUCUGGGUCGAUCCGCGUUCUGGAUGGAUGUGUCGCCCCUAUCGGUCACCAGCCGCUGCCAGCGUUCAGGGGGCGUGGCGGAUGGGCGGAGCCUGCGGCUGAUUGACACUCCGGGGUUCUUCCACACCUGUCUGAGCCCGGAUGAGGUGCGCGCGGAGCUGAGCCGGUGCGUGGAGCUGUCUGCGCCCGGACCGCACGCGUUCCUACUGGUACUGCGCGCCGGACGCGUGACGCGCGAGAACAGCGCCGCUCUGGACUGGAUCAGUGCCGCAUUCGGACCGCAAGCGCUCCGCUUCACCGUCGUCCUGAUCACCUGCGGCGACGUGCUCGGAGCGAAACCCGCGGACGACUUCCUGAAGGAGAGCGAGGAAUUAUGGGAGUUUGUGUGCAGCUGCGCGGGCGGCUAUCACGUGUUUGACAACACUAAAGGUCUCGAGGAGAGGUCGCAGGUCACCGAGCUGCUGAAGAAGAUCGAUGUGCUGAUGGAGCAUAACGCAGGAGCGCAUUACACCGCUGACAUGCUGGUGCAGGCGGACACAGCUGUACGCCACAUGCAGCAGAGGAUUCUGGGAGACGGUCAGGAGGAGGAUGAGGAGGCAAGGAAGAGGGCAGAGCGUCUGUUCUGGCACGAGCUGCUGACGGCCAUGGGCCGCGGUGCGGUGGAAGCGUCUGGCGUGAUGGAGAAAGGGAAGGGCAAAGGGAAGAAGGUCAAAGCCGUGCAGAGGGUGGCGGCCAUCGCCUCCACGCCACUGUCAAUCACAACCGCCGCUAAAGUGAUGGGCGGAGCUGUGAGGGAGGGAACCAAAGUACUGUGCAAACACAAGAAGGCGCUCCUGCGCUAACACACACACACACACUUCAGAGACCCUUAGUAAUACAACAUGAAUAAGCAGAUAAAAAUACACAACAUCAUCAAAUGUCUGCACUACAAUGAGAUAAUGCAUGAAACUCCCAUAUAAAAAAAUAAAUUCACAAAAUGUCCAGGACAAAUCCACCAAAAUUAUAUUUUUCAUAAAGAAAAUGGGGCCUAUUUUAAGACUAUUAAUAUUUGUUGUGAUAUAUGUAAUAAAGCACUUUCAAAACACUAAAAUGCAUAUUGAAAAUUUUAUUUAAAAGUAUUUAUUUAAUUAUGAUAUAUAUAUAUAUAUACACACACACACACAUAUACAUACAUGCACACACAAUGUAACUAUUAUAUAUGUACAUAUUUAGUUGUACUUAAUUUCAUUUAUGCUGAUUUUGUCAGGAUAAGUUAGAGAGUAUGAGAAUGCAAAUGAUUUUGAUUGUGCUAAAAAUAUGCAUCUUCACACAAAAUAUGUAUUUAUUUUUAAUUUAUGACUGCUUAAAUGAUAACGUCUGUUUAAUCAUCAUGAAUGUCUGAUUCACUUAACGAAUUAAUAAAAGAAUGACGAAAUAAAGAGCCGUGACCCACAGAUGGACUGAAGUGUGUUUCUGCGCUCAUUUGCAGAGACAGAAACUCUUUAUUGGCAUGCUUUAUAAAAACCAGGGCAGAUAAACUGCCAAUCUUUAAUAAAAAAAUCAUUAUGCUAUUGCCAGACAUCUGUUAAAUGUCAUUCUCAGACUGAAAUGUGGUUUAUACAAACAUUCAUGAUUUUCUCUGGUAUAUUGGCACAAAAACACUCAAAGAUCCAAAUCAAACGUCCCUUUACAGAAUGAAAAAAAAAUUUAUAGUUGGUCAUAAACAAAAUGAUGUACUACAGAAAAAAAAAACAA